UAAUACUGUUGAAGAAUUCGAAAUUUAAAUAAAUUUAUUUUCAUAUUUUGACUGAAAGCCUUUAACUUUAUAUGAAUUAUGGACUUACUAAACUUUCUGAAUGUCAUUGCAUUAAAUGUUUUAUUAAGUUUAAUAUUGAUUGUUUCCAUUAAUAGUAUUAAAGUGGACUAUGAUGAAGAUGUGUUGAGUAGAAGCCGCCGUCAGCUGUUAUAUCCGAACUCUUCGGUACUUCAGGUCAAUGCUGGGGUUGGCACACCUACGCCGAUAAAGACCAUCAACGUAAAUUGGGCGUUUCAGGCAAACUUUCAAUUACCCUGGAAUCGUAGUCAGAUACCUAUAGAUAUAUUGGAGGCAAACAACGCUUAUGUGGGCUCGGCUAGGAAGAAGCGACGUGACGGCUACGAGAGUGAUGCUAAGCUCUACCAUUUUUAUAAAUAUGUCGAAGAUGUUCUAAGCGGUUUCAGUUACAAUGGUACAGCCUGCGUACUAAAAACAUUGUGUCAGCUGGGAACAGAACCUUUGCAAUCAUAUCAUGAAGACGACCUGCUGUAUGAGCUCGCUUCGUUUGUACUCAAUCCGGAAAAUGACAUCGCUGAGACAGAGGAAGAAGAAGCCACGCCAUACAUCAAAGCCUACAAUGAUGGGAAACUGGGUGAAAACUGUUUGAAUCACAAUUGUCCUAUAUCAUUGAUUGAUAUGUUUAGUAAAGUACAUGAAGACUGAAUAAUUUUAUUCAAAUAUUAGGACAGAGUAGCUCCUAAUACGUUAAUUUCCUGAAGUUUGUAUGAAAG